UAAACAUUCCUAGGAAGUAUCAAAUUGUCGGAACAGCGUGACUACGCAUUACGACAGGGAAAUUAUUUCGUGUUAUACAAAUUUUUCCCUCAAACAGAUAUAUAUCUUCUUGACAAAUGGACUCCGCGUUUAACAGCAAACUCAGUUUAGGUCCACUAGGCAAACCCAGAUUAUCUAAGCCUUUUGCAAGAGGGGCAGCAAUCAUUGGUCUUUUAGAGUUUUUCUUAGGAAUAUCCCUUAUUGUUGGUGGCAUUCUACUGCAAGAGAGAGAUGUUAAUGAUGACAUCAAUGCUUCAAAUGAUCCCAAGUAUUAUGGUCUUUGGUCUGGACCUGGACCUCUUAUCAUUGCUGUAUUAGGAUUUCUGACUUGGUGGCUACGUAAACGUGAUAUGGGUAUCAUUUUCGCAUUGGUUAACUUGUUUAACAUCCUAUUAUGUAUAGCACAGGCAGUUUUUUUAUUGCCUAAACCUUUUUGGUUUAGAGAUUUUCUCACUUUAUCAAAAUGCCGUGAGGAUUCACCAAAUGGCCGUGGGCUGAAAUACAAUCCAACACCAGCUUCUGGCUCUGACACCAGGGAUUGCGAUGACAUGAAUGCAAUAGCUAGAAUAUUUGUAAUGUUGGCUAUUUGCUGUUGUUUUGCUAUUGUCAUUUCUAUUGCUGGAGUUAUUGAUGGUAUCUUAGCUGUAAAGCAAAUGAAGAAGGAUCAGAUCAACCAGUUGGAAGGCUUAACAAGUUCAGAGUUUAAACAUAUGGAACAUAAAACUGCCAUGUGGUUAGAAAACAAUACUCGUUUUUCCACCGGAUCAACAAUUGCUCGCUCAGAAAAAGGCCUGAGUGGAGUAAGUGAAAGGAGUUUUUCAACUAGAGAACCAAACAGUCCUAUUUCACCAACAUCAGAUAUAUACAGGGACAAAAGUUGGGUAUAAACAAUAGAAAGAAAGUCUUAUCAACAUGUUAUUUUUUAAAAAAAUAUUUUUGUAUUUGUCACCACAGCAUUUCUAUAACUCACUUGCAUGAUCCAUUGAUUCUUGAACAAUAAUGCCCUAUCUUUCAAAUGAUAAUGCAAGGAUCAGUGAAAACACUUAUUAUUUCAACUAACCUAACAAAGUGUGUACUAUAAUAUAAAAGAAUACAUGUUUUUUAAAUGUAUGAAAAUAUAUGCAUAUAUUAUCAUGUACAUAAAUGUCGUGAUGGUUAUUUUAUAAUUUGUAACAAAAUGAAAAGCAA